AUAGUAUGGAAGAACGCAGGUAGCCUAGGUAGCAAGAGCGAUACACAAAACCAUGCCCAAGAACAAAACAGCACGGAUACUCUUCGGAACGCUCACAGCCGAACUUGUGCUCGCCGUGCUCGUAGGAGUGGAGCUGCUCGAGGAAGUGGGACUCGAUUCAACAGCGACACCUGCCACAGAAGCCGCGCUGGCAGACAAUGCGCUGGAUAGUGACGCCGCGGCAGAGGAGUAUGCGGCCGAGACAGACGAAUAGUAUGACGAAUAAAAGGAUGAGUCACUUGCAAGAGCAGAGGAUGCCGCAGAGGUGAAGCUGGA